GUUAACAUAAUUGGUUUUCGUAGUUAUCGUGAUACCACAGUGAACGACUUUUCAUCUCGUCAUAACGUCGUUGUUGGCCGGAAUGGUAGUGGAAAAAGCAACUUUUUUUUUGCCAUACAGUUUGUACUUUCGGAUGAAUUCAGCCAUCUUAAAGCAGAACAAAGACAAGCUUUAAUUCACGAGGGUACAGGGGAUCGUGUUACAACAGCCAGUGUCGAAAUUGUUUUCGAUAAUUCUGAUCAUCGCCUUCUUGCGGUUGAAGGGAUUGAAGUGCGUGUCUUACGACGUGUUAGCAUGAAGAAAGAUCAGUUUUUUAUUGAUUCAAAAUUAGUUACACGCAGCGAUGUUGUGAAUUUGAUGGAAUCAGCAGGAUUUUCUCGGUCAAAUCCGUAUUAUAUUGUGAAGCAGGGAAAAAUUAACGAAUUAGCAACAUCACCCGAUUCACAUCGACUGAAAUUAUUGAGAGAAGUUGCAGGAACUCGAGUAUACGAUGAAAGAAAAGAAGAAAGCUUAAAGAUAUUGAGAGAUACGAGUGCUAAAAGUGAAAAAAUUGAAACUUUAUUAAGUUUUAUGGAAGAGAGACUGAAAACUUUGGAAGAGGAAAAAGAAGAUUUGAAGGAAUACCAAAAAUGGGAUCGAAUGAAAAGAUCAGUUGAGUUUAUGAUUUAUGAUAAUGAAUUAAAAGAGGCGCGAAAAAAAUUAGAUAAAUUAGCGGAGCAACGCGAAGAAAUGAAUACACGACAAAGCAAGGUCACAAAUGAUUUGUUGAACGCUCAAAAUCGUGCUUUACAAGCCACUGCUGAACAGCGGAAACUAGAAGCGCGCUUCAAAGGCAUGCGGGAAGAAAAGGAAGCACUAGUGACUGAACAGACGGAGCGUGUGCAACGAAAGACUGAAUUGGAACUUUUAAUUAACGAUUUACGGGAGGAUGUUGAAAAAGAACGCUUUGGAAGAGAUAAAGCAGAAGAUGUGUUAAAUAAGCUCAAAACAGAUAUAGCUGCGAAGGAAGAAGAACUUAGUAUAAUAACUCCUAAAUAUAAGUCUUUGGUUGAAGAAGCGGCACGAUUAAACACUGAUAUUCGUAUUGCGGAACAGCGUUGUAAAGAACUUUAUGCCAAGCAGGGAUAUAGAGAUCAAUAUAAGACUGUUGAAGAACGUGAUAAGAUUCUGCAGAAGGAGAUUCGUUUUUACGAUCGUCAGCUCCAAGACAUCCAUGAUCAGAUUGCUGGUAUUGAAAAAAGUCUGCAAGAUGAAGAACAAGAAGAACAGCAACUUCAUCAAAAAAUUUUGGAGAUUGGUCUGGGAGCUGAAGAAUUUAUUGAUAAAUUGACAAAAAUGAAUCAAAAUAUGGCUGAUUUGCGGCGUAGAUUGGAUGAAGCAUGUGUCGCUCACCAAGAAACAACAAGAGAUGAAAAAACAUCUCGAGAUAAUUUGGAAACCAUUAAAGUUGAUGUUCAACAGGCUGAGCAAGACAUUCGUCGUCUUGUUCCAAAGUCCGUAAUGAAUGGAGUAGAUAGUGUACGACACGUUUUGGAUUAUUUCCGUACUCAGAACCAUAAUGGUCAAUUUGACAUUAUUCUAAAUGGUUAUCGGGCCACUGCAGGUAUUGUAAUUGAAUUGUUUAACUGCGAUAAGGUUUAUUAUCAAGCUGUCGAAGUAACCACUGGCAACCGUUUAUUUUAUCAUGUGGUUGAUGACGAUCGUAUAGCGAUGAAAAUUAUGAAAGAGAUAAAUCAACAAAAGCUGCUGGGUGAAAUAAAUUUCUAUCCAUUGAAUCGUUUGAUUGCAAAACCACGGAAAGAAAUCAAUGAUCCGGAAGCAAGACUCUUAAUCGAUGGGAUAGAAUUUGAGCCAAUAUAUGACGUUGUUUUUCGUCAUAUUUUUGGAAACGUGGCUAUAGUACGUAGUAUGUUAGCGGGUAAUCGCUUAGCAAAGCGAGAAGGUUUUGAUUGUGUCACUUUUGAAGGUGACCAAGUAAGUCGACGAGGAGAAAUGACUGGCGGAUUCCUUGAUGUGAAACGUUCACGCCUUGAACUUUACAGUACUGUGCAACAAAUGCAUGCUCAAAAAGCUCAUUUUGAGAACGUUUUGGAAAAAGCAGUUCGAAUCAGUAACGAAAAAGCUUCAAAUGUAGAGAAAUUACGUAUAGAAGUUGAUUCUCUGGAACGUGAAAUCUUGUACCUAAAGGAUAAGCACAGAGCUGCAUCUGAAAAGAAACGUUACUUGUCACAACAAUUGCAACAAAGUACGAAGAAUAAAGAACCGAAGAUUGGUCAGUGCUUGUAUCUGAAAAAUCGAAUUCGGGAAUUGGACGCAACAAAAGAAAGUCUUCAGCGUCAGCUUGGUACACCUUUGCUUUCACAGUUAAGUGAAGACGAAAAAAACAUGCUUGACCAGAUGCAGGUAACAGAGGAUAUAAAAGAAAAGAAAAUACGUUUGGAUUCCGUAAACCGAUCAAGAGUUGAAAUAGAAUCCACUAAAUUAAAAUUGGAGAACCAGUUGACAACGAACCUUCAUCGAAAGAGAGAGAGCUUGCAGUCGAAGAUUCAUGAUAUAUCAGUUGAUGAAAAGCAGUUGGAAGAGCAUUUGGGGGAAUUCGAAGUAAAUGACGAAAAAUUGACGCGUGAGUUAGAAGAUUGCCAAGAACAGCAAAAAGAUUUGGAAACUCAAGUAGCAGAUUUUUCGAAGCAGGUCGAUUUAAUCUGCACAAAACAAUCAGCAAUGCAAACAAAACGAGAAGAAAUAACUAAAAAGAUUCGAGAACUCGGUUCAUUACCAAUGGACUCGAAGAACUAUGAAAGUUACUCUUUGAAGCAGUUGGACAAAAAGUUAAGCGAAGCUCUAGAACAAUUAAAAAAGUAUGAGAAUGUAAAUAAAAAAGCAUUGGAUCAGUUUGUUCACGCAAGCAGUCAAAAAGAGGAUCUAAUGAAACGUAGAAAUGAACAUAUAGCAAACCAAAAGGCAAUUAAUGAUUUGCUUUUUGUUCUCGACCAGCGAAAAUUUGAAGCCAUUCAAUUGACGUUCAAACAAGUCUCGAAAAACUUUCAAUCUGUUUUUGAAAGACUUGUCCCUGGUGGUUAUGGAAAUUUGGUAAUGCGAGUCAGUCAUGAUGAAGACGUACAACGAAAGCGUGAUGAGUGUGAUUUGCCUAAAGUAGAAACCUUUACAGGCAUUGGAAUUCGAGUUUCAUUUGCUGGUACUACCGAAACUCGUGAAAUGCAGCAGCUUUCAGGAGGACAAAAAAGUUUAGUUGCGCUCGCUCUUAUAUUUGCUAUUCAAAAAUGUGAUCCCGCACCGUUUUAUCUAUUUGACGAAAUCGAUGCUGCAUUAGAUUCGCAGCACCGGAAAGCAGUUGCUGAUAUGAUUCAUGAAUUGUCUGAAACUGCUCAAUUCAUCACUACUACUUUUCGUCCAGAAUUGUUAGCUAGUGCAGAAAAAUAUUUCGGCGUUCGAUUCCGAAAUAAGGUUUCUCACAUAGAUGCUGUUAGCAAAGAGCAGGCAUUUGACUUCGUUGAGGAUAAUCAAACACAUGGUUAA